AUGACAGUUAAGUGUCAAAGGAACGUUAGUGAUGUGAGACGGUGGGGUUUUUUAAUUGUGUUGCUGGUGUUUUUGGACAGUUCGCCCUCUAUGUGUAAGGGCGAAGAAUAUGACAGAGAUGGUCGAAAACUAUUUGGAGGAUAUAAAAUAACGCCAUCAUAUUGUAAAGCAAUCAGAGCGGCAAAAUACAACAGAGGCAAUAAAAUAUGCAUGUUCAAUCACGAAUGCGUGCAAAGAGGUGGAGAAGUUGUCGGUGCAUGCAUGGAUGGAUUUCUAUUUGGAGCAUGCUGCCAGCUUCCCUCUGACAGCCAGUCUCAUUUACCUAAAGGUCCUGGCGUUGUCAUGACAAGCUAUUUAGAUUAUCCUGACACUGAAUCAGAGACUGAGGACUAUGAUGGUGAGCAAUUAAGCGCUUGGCAUAACAGUUUCAAGCCAGUCGUCACUCCAGGUUACAGACCUAAUGUAAAUCAAGUUUCAACAUCUACAAUGAGGACUGAACAGGAUCUUAGCACUGAAAGUCAGCAAGAAAUCAUAUCUGAAGGGAUGAGUCAGAUCACUAAUACACUAUUAAGUACUCCUCCUAAAGAUGAUAGUUACGUUUAUACUAAACCAGAAGAUGUAUACACCCAUAGUUCAAUUAAUCAUGUUGUAGCUGAAACAAUACUUAUACAUAAAAACGGUUCAGAGGUAAUCGAUAUAGUAAGACCUUCUGAUUUUAAUAUACAAAUAUCGUCAAUGCAAACAAAACCAACGAGCUCGCCAACAUCCACGUCAGUACAUUCUCCUUCGAUAAUUGUAUCAACACACAGACCGGUUUACAAACCUAUAUUUAAGCCGAAACCCACUAAAACAUCAACAAAACAACCAACAACGGAAAGUUAUGUGAUGGUUUCAACAAUUACAAAAGAUACACAGAAAAUGCCAGAACUAUCAUCUAUAAACAGUAUUAUACAAAUGCUUAAUGAAAGUACUCCAAGUAUGAAAGAUGAAUUAAGUUCUCCUUCCUCUUUAGAAGUUAUGGAAACCAAAUCUUCCCCCAGUCCUCCAUCAACUAUUUCUCCUGUAUCUUACAGUAGUAGUUUCCCCAACUAUUACAUAUCUACAGGACAUUAUGUUACAUUAAAACCAUCUUCAUACCCAAGUAGUACACCUUACUAUACGUACUCAACUAAAAAAUCUGUAACAACGAAAAAACCACCAUAUGUUUAUACCACACCAAACAGCAUAUCUCAAGAUGAAAGACCUAUUAAACCAUACUUUUCAUCACCUAAACCUAGUCAAUCAACUAGUCAAGACAUUGAAGCAUUUAAUCGUUAUCCUACUAACCCAGAAGCUUUUGAUAAUUCAGUUACAACGUUCAGCUAUGUGAGCUCAACUACAACAUCUAAACCUUCAACGACCACUAAAAGACCACCAUCAACAAGUUAUGUAACUGCUUCAAAGCCCCUGAAAAGACCCGCCUCUCAGAAGCCACUGAAAAGACCUGCCACUCCCUCUCCAAGCUUUGAAUCAAGUUAUGAUGCUGUUGAUACCUUCUCGAGUGUAACGCCAACUGUUAUCGUAUUAAAUAGUUUUGAUACUAAACCAGAAACAUCUUCCGAAGAGACACAAUUCGUUGAAAUAUCACAAGAACCUUUCAAAAAACCUGUAAGCCAAAUAACAGUUAACAACCACAUUGAAUCCACGAAUAAUAUUUACGUAGGAAAACCUAUUGAUAAAACAAAACCACCAUCCUAUGAAAGACCUUCGUCACCCACAGUCGUUAUAACCCCUAAGCCAUCGCCGUCAACUACACCAUAUCCUAUUAAAGUUUCAAGUCGACCUUCAGUGUCAAUAUCAACCACAACAAACUAUGAUUCAUACACAGAAUAUCAUACUUCGACAACUAUUAAAACUGAAAUGCAAACAUCUCCAGAUGACGUCAUUAACUUCCCACCAGUUAGGAAUCCGAUGCUAAGCGGUAACGGAACUAAUCCAAACAUCUUUAAUACAAGCAUAUCGGUUGCAGACAAUGAAUUAGACAUCAUAGAUGAUCUAGAUUUUUCAACACCAACCUGGCAAGACGAUGAUAAAUUAAAUGAUAAAAUGAAUCUAUUCGUCAAUAAAAUUGUAGGCAGCCUUCAAGGCACUUUUCAAGAAUUACACGAUAUUGUUAUUCUUGAUAAGAAGCCAAAUGCGACUAUUGUACGAGACAAAACGACAACUGCCAAGCCUCCAAAGAAAACCCUUCCGCCUCGGAAACCAGUGACGACUACUAGAAAACCUGUAAGAGCUACUACAAUCACAACAACUAAGAAACCCCCCGUAAAGACGACUAAAAAACCAACUAAACUUACCACAGCUGCCAGGAGACCAACUACCACGACACCCCUACCUACUACUAUUACAACAACAAAAAAACCUGUGACAACUACAAAAAAAACGAAGCCGACAAAGAAAGUGACAACAACAACCGUUUCAUCUACAGUCACUGAACAAGAUUACGUAACAACAGAACAAACUCUUGAACCUAUUGAUUAUAACGACAAGAAUUUAUGUGGUGUUCGUCCUCUAAUGAAAUCGGGACGUAUCGUCGGAGGAAAAGACGCCAAGUUUGGAGAGUGGCCUUGGCAAGUUCUAGUUAGAGAAUCGACCUGGCUAGGUCUCAUCACAAAAAACAAAUGUGGCGGAGUCCUGAUCACCAAUAGAUUUGUGACAACCGCCGCUCAUUGUCAGCCUGGUUUCCUAGCGUCUCUCAUAGCAGUUUUCGGUGAAAAUGACAUAUCAAAAGACGUGGAACCUCGCAGACCAAUAACCAAGAAUGUUCGCCGGGUUAUCGUACAUCGGCAAUACGACGCCGCUACCUUUGAAAAUGACCUCGCUCUUCUGGAGUUAGACUCGCCUGUGCAGUUUGAUGCUCACAUAGUGCCAAUCUGCAUGCCACAAGACGAAACCGACUUCACCGGUCGAGUGGCGACUGUCACUGGUUGGGGUCGACUCACGUACAACGGAGUGGUGCCUUCCAUUCUUCAGGAAGUUCAGGUUCCAGUGAUUGACAAUAGCGCUUGCCAGGAGAUGUUCCACACAGCUGGUCACGCCAAGAAGAUUCUUAACUCUUUCAUUUGCGCUGGCUACGCUAAUGGUCAGAGGGAUUCUUGUGAAGGUGACAGCGGUGGUCCAUUGGUGUUGCAGCGUGAUGAUGGUAGGUGGCAGUUAGUGGGGACUGUAUCCCAUGGUAUUAAGUGUGCGGCUCCCUACCUACCUGGGGUCUACAUGAGGACCACCUACUACAAACCCUGGUUAAGAUCUAUAACCGGAGUACGAUAA